AUGCUUUCCCUGGAGCGGGGCAUCGGCAAGGCGUACGGCGCGGAGGCUGAGCUCCAGGCCACCGGGGCCUUCUGCGCGGAAGUGUUUCCCGAUUUGCCCAUCGCGACCACCUGGCAGAAUCUCGCCAAGGCGCUGAGGGGGGGUCUCAAUGCCACCGAUUCCGCUAACUCCACCGCCGACCACUCAGCACCCGCCGUCACGCACUACACCACCCGGCCCGGCGCCCUCAAAGUCGUCACCGCCGCCGCCAACCUGCGCAGCGAGUACGAUAUCGAGCGCCGUCUGGUGGCGACCGCCGGCGACGGCGCUGUGUUCGCAGGCGGUCAGCGUGCCGAUGCGCUGUUGUGCGUUUCGGGCUCGCACCCGGUCCGCUCGCUCCCACUUGUGUCCAGGUUCCUGUACAGCAGCCUGGACACACUGCGGCUGGCUCAGCGGCUGCGGCGGAGGGGUUACCUUCCCCCUGACACUCAGCUCUGGGUGGUGGCGAAUCCCAACACGGAGCCGAGUGCGGCGCUUCUGGAGGCUAAG